AUGGGCGACAGCACAGCGACUUGCGAUGAAGACAGCACAGCCACCGACGAGUACGACAGGCUGGCCGCCGGCAAGGGCGACAGCACAGCGACUUACGACGGAGACAGCAUAGCCACCGACGAGUGCGACAGGGUAGCCGCCGGCAAAGGCGACAGCACAGCGACUUGCGACGGAGACAGCAUAGCCACCGACGAGUGCGGCAGGGUAGCCGCCUGCAAGGGCGACAGCACAGCGACUUGCGACGGAGACAGCAUAACCACCGACGAGUGCGACAGGGUAGCCGCCUGCAAGUGCGACAACACAGCGACUUGCGACGGAGACAGCACAGCCACCGACGAGUGCAACAGGCUAGCCGCCGGCAUGGGCGACAGCACAGCGACUUGCGAUGAAGACAGCACAGCCACCGACGAGUACGACAGGCUGGCCGCCGGCAAGGGCGACAGCACAGCGACUUACGACGGAGACAGCAUAGCCACCGACGAGUGCGACAUGGUAGCCGCCUGCAAGGGCGACAGCACAGCCACCGACGAGUGCGACAGGGUAGCCACCGGCAAGGGGGACAGCACAGCGAUUUGCGACGGAGACAACACAACCACAGACGAGUGCGACAGGCUAGCCGCCGGCAUGGGCGACAGCACAGCGACUUGCGAUGGAGAAAGCACAGCCUCCGACGAGUUCGAUAGGCUGGCAGCCGGCAAGGGCGACUGUACAGCGACUUGCGACGGAGACAGCAUAUCCACCGACGAGUGCGACAGGGUAGCCGCCGGCAAAGGCGACAGCACAGCGACUUGCGACGGAGACAGCAUAGCCACCGACGAGUGCGACAGGGUAGCCGCCUGCAAGGGCGACAGCACAGCGACUUGCGACGGAAACAGCAUAGCCACCGACGAGUGCGACAGGGUAGCCGCCUGCAAGGGCGACAGCACAGCGACUUGCGACGGAAACAGCAUAGCCACCGACGAGUGCGACAGAAUAGCCGCCUGCAAGGGCGACAGUACAGCGACUUGCGACGGAGACAGCACAGCCACCGGCGAGGGCGAUAUCACACACAACGACGAUGGCGAGAGCACUGCCAAGUGCGAGGUUGACCGCCCAGCGGAAGCCGACAGCGAAAGCCCAGUUACCAGCGAUGGGCAGUGCGACAGCACAGACAACGACGACGGCGGAAGCAGAGCCAAAGGCGAGGGCGACAGCCCAGCGACGGGCCACAGCGAGAUCACAGUGGUCACGCGAAUAUAUUGGAUAUAG